AGAUUAUUCUGUUCUGUCUGGUCUGCAAGGGACGUGACCAUGGUGCACCUACACUCAAGUCGUCAAGCAAAUGGAUAAGCGCGAUAUCCGCAACCUGGCCCUGGCCUCGGUCAUCACCAUUGUUCUCAUUGCUCUUCCGCUCGUGUUCUUUGCUGCCUUUCGUCUAUACGCAGCACUGCCGCAACACCGUCUCAGCAACAAGGCGAGGACCGCGCUUCAAUCGAAACAGGAUGCAACCACAUCAGGUUCAUCAAGAUCGCGCCCAGCCGAUGAGAGGAUAGAACGAUCGUCACUUUCCGAUUCGACACUCACUCCGAAAUGCACAGCAACUAUUUUUUUGGGAUCAGGAGGACAUACUGCUGAGAUGCUCUCGCUCGUGUCUGGACUUGAUACGGCUCGAUAUACCCCCCGGCAUUAUGUCGUAGGAUGGGAUGAUGACGCGAGCGUUGAAAAGGUCCAUCGACUAGAAUCCACUCGUCAUCAACGCGAUAUCACGGCCACCUUACAAGCCGACUUGACCACGCCGCAAUGGCCUGCAGGCGAGAAGGGAGAGCAGGACGGAUACACCAUUCAUCGGAUUCCCAGGAGCCGUUACGUUCAUCAAUCCAUGCUCACCACGCCCUAUACACUUGCAAAGUCACUCCUGGUCGCGAUGCCGUUGAUCAAGCGCCUCACAUGUUUGACCAAAGCGGACAUCGACCGAAUACAAUACCUUUCAAUGUCGUCGUCAUCAUCAUCGCCUCCACAGCCAGUAGUGGCUCCACGGAAGAGUGUCAUGUUGAUGAAUGGGCCUGGGACAUGCUUUGCGCUGGCGCUGGCAGUCAUUGGAGCGAGGAUGCUGGGCGUCCCCGACGAACAGACCCCGGAUUUGGUCUUUGUCGAAAGCUUUGCGCGUGUCAACACAUUGAGUCUUGCGGGCAAGUUGCUGUACCCUCUGUGCGACGCAUUUUUGGUGCAGUGGCCAGGCCUCGUGCACAAGUAUCCUCGCGCAAAAUAUAUAGGCGUACUAGUAUGACGCCAAAAUCGCAACCAAUGUACUAGCUGUUUUCCAAAUCUCUUGGACUUGGUGUUUCUGUGUAUGCGUGUGCACUGCCAUGUGCUAUAGACUUUUCUUAAAGCGGUCUCGCGCGUUACGUGAAGUGAGCUAUACCAUUGUAAUUCAGGAGCACGUCUAUACAUCAGUCUGAAAUUGAUAAACUACAGCCGAUCAGCUGUGUAAUUUAC